AUGGUGUGUGGUAUUCUUCGCCGCUCGCCCCUCUUGCAGCUUCUGGCAAUUUUGCUGCCGCAAUUUGCCGCGAACGGGCCCCUGGCUUCUCUAUCUGCAAACAAAACAGCGGUUAUCCGGGUUCCUCGGAAGGUGGUGGAUGGCUGGCAAUUGAAUCAGGCCACGGUUGGGGAGUUUGAGGACCCGCAUGCGAUCACCCGUCGAACUGGGACCAGAGGACGCAGUAUGACCCCUGUUUUCUGCACAGUUCUCAGCUUCAUCAUCGCUGCACUUUUCCUCAAAAGAGCCCGACGGGAGAAGGAAGGCAGCGAAUAUGAUCCAAACGAAGAGUGGUAUUAUCCGAGCUCGCCAAGCAACAGCCGCCCUGCCAGCGCCAGCCCCUCAAACUUCCAACAGGGAACCACGGUGGACAACCCGCCAGACUCCGAGCACCCAGUCGAGAGCACAUUAACCGCGAGCCAGCUGGACAUUCCCACCAGCGAACUGCCCAGUGUCUUUGGGGAUGCGUCUUCCUUGCCAUCAGAAGAUGCCGAGCUAUACAGAGAGCCAACACCAAGCAGUGAUUCAGAAGACGACCAGGAAAAAAAACCCCAACCGAUAUUGGGAGAACAAACAGUGGUGCGUACGGCCAUAGCAGCACAAGAAGCAGAGAUACCAGUAAUUUUAAGGCACUGA